CAGAAGAAAACGAAGAAGAUCAUUCAAAAACUGGCGGGCGGUGUCUGAACUUACUCAAACCUAUUAAAAUAAUAAAGGACAGAAGAAAAUCGCCAAAGUAGCAGUGACAAGAAAGCACCAAAGGAGGUAAUCAUGACUGCAGACAAUGAUCUGGAAAUCAAGGAGGCCUUCCAGCGGGCACAAAAGGCUCACAAUAACAAAGCCAAACUUGCUGCCAGUUUAAAAAGCAGAUACAACAAGUUGGAAGACAAAACUGCCUUCCAUGACGAGUUCAUCCAAUACCUCAAGUAUGCCAUGAUAGUCUACAAACGGGAACCAGCAGUGGAGAAUGUGAUUGAUUUUGUCACCAAGUUUGCAACCAGUUUCGAGACUACCGUUACUGAGGGGCAAGAAGAGGAAGAGGAGGAAGAGAAUCCCUUCUUACAUUUCCUGUUCAAUUUCCUCUUGGAGUCCCACAAUGCCAACAGUCAUGCAGUGCGUUUUCGUGUCUGUCAGCUCAUUAACAAGCUUUUGGGCAGUAUGUCUGAGAAUGCCCUGAUCGAUGAUGAUCUUUUUGACCAAAUUCACGAAACCAUGCUGAUUCGUGUCACAGACAAAUUCCCCAACAUCCGCAUCCAGGCCGCCCUUGCCAUGGCGAGGCUACAGGAGCCCCAGAAUGCAGACUGCCCCACCAUGAAAGCUUAUAUGCUGAUCCUUGAGAAUGACUCCAACCCUGAGGUGCGUCGUGCUGUGCUGUCCUGCAUCGCUCCCUCUGCGGUCUCCCUGCCAAAAAUCCUCAAACGCACCAGGGAUGUGAAGGAGAAAGUCCGAAAGCUGGCUUACGAGGUUCUGGCAGAGAAGGUGCACAUGCGAGCUUUGACCAUUGCUCAGAGAGUCAGUCUGCUUCAGGAAGGCCUACAUGAUGCAUCAGAGUGUGUUAAGGAGGUGGUUAAGAGUAAGCUGCUUCCUGCAUGGCUGCGUCUGCUGGAAGGCAAGGUUCUGGACCUCCUCCACAGGUUGGAUGUCGAGAACUGCGCUGAGAUUGCUUUCGAAGUUCUCAAUGCCCUCUUCUCCGGGACAGAAAGCCUUGAAGAGCUCCUGCAGGAUGGAGUUAGUCUGGAUGGCAGGAAAUUGAUUCCCGUGGAGGCUUUGACCUGUGAGAAUGUGCUGCACUGGAGAGCGCUGUGCGAGUUUGUGAAGCAGAAAGGAGACGAGGGAGAGGAGAUCCUGGAGCAGCUGGUUCCAGAGGCCGUCAUAUUUGCAGAGUACCUUUAUAGCUAUCUGAAGAGCAUCCCAAUCCUGGGGGAGGAGCAGAUGGCGGACGACACGCAGCUGGAGGUGGUCCUGACCAGAGAGUUCAUUGGCAAGCAGCUCAUCCUGCUGGUGGGCUGCCUGGACACGGCAGAGGAGGGCGGACGGAAGCGGGUGCUGGCGGUUCUGCAGGAGAUGCUGGUGCUACCCAACACACCCAUCUCUCUGAUCUCCCUGCUGGUGGAGAAACUAAUGAAUGUGCUUAAAGACGAUGAUCGACGCAUAGAGAUGAUUGCUGAGAUUAUCUCUGAGGUGCGUGAACCCAUAGUGCACGUGAGCGAGCCUAUUGACGAGAAAGAAAACCGGAAGAGACAAGUCAAGCUUGCUGAGGUGAAGGUCCACACCAUGGAGGCCAAGCAGGCUCUGGAGGACUGCAUCAGUGCCCAGGACUUCAGCCGUGCUGCUGAGCUCAAGGACCGCAUAUCUGAGCUGGAGGCCCGGAGGAAUCAGCUGGUGGCGGAGGCUGCCCAGUCCGACAGCAGGGAGAAGGAGUGUCGCGUGGAGAAGAAUGAUCCUGAGACCAUGUUGAAGUGUCUGACCAUGUGUGUGGAGCUCAUGAAGCAGAUGAACAUCAAGAAAGCCAUUCGUCCUUCUAUAAAUGCACAAAUAGAAUCCCUGGUUCUGCCAAGUAUUGCCAAUCCAAACACGGCCGUGAGGAACAUGGCUGUGGUGUGCCUGGGGACCUGUGCUCUCCACAGCAAAGACCUGGCCAACAGACACCUGGUGCUCUUGUUACAGAUCAGUCAGCUGGACGAGCCCAAGAUCAGGAUAAGUGCUGUGAGGGCUCUGAUUGACCAGCUCCUCCUCAACGGCUUGGACAUAGUCGGCCAAAACCCUGCGCCCAAGCCUGCCCAGAACACCGACGCGCUUGAUGACAGUGACGCUCAGGCUGACAGCCCGGCUGAAGACGUGGGCUCUGAGGAUGGCCAGAGUACCGUCCAGAGCAUCCUCGUGAUGCUCACAGACUUUCUGGACAGUGAGGUCACAGAGUUGCGCACUGAGGUAGCUGAGGGCUUGGCCAAGCUGAUGUACUGUGGCAGAAUCAGCAGUCCCAAACUCCUCUCCCGCCUCGUGCUGCUGUGGUAUAACCCUGUCACGGAGGACGACACCAAGCUGCGCCACUGUCUGGGUGUCUUUCUGCAGCUGUAUGCUAGAGAGAACAGGGCUCAUCAGGAGUGCAUAGAGGAGAGCUUUCUGCCCACCAUCCGGACGCUGACCCAGGCACCAGCCACCUCUCCACUGGCCGAGGUGGACGCGUCCAACGUAGCCGAGCUCCUCAUCGAGCUGACCCGCUCCAGCGUCCUCAUCAGGCCAAACAAGGAUGUGGCCUUGCAGGGUGUGCCAGUUCACGAUAGCCUGGCUGUGCGUCUGUGUAAUGAGAUCCUGAGGGACCCCAAGGCCCCAGAGGUCCGCCUCUACACAAAGAGUCUGAGCUGCCUGGAGCUGAGCACAGAGGACAGCCCACUCAGGAAAGACCUGCUGCUCCUCCUGCAGGAGAUCCAACAGGAGGUCAAGGAUAAGAUCUGCCUUCGGGCGCUGGAGAAGAUCACCAGUCGACUGACCUGUGACCAGAAGAAGAAUCCUGAAACCCAUGACACCACGCUGCAGGCUCUGGAUGAGAAUGCGGGGGAUGUUGAAGAUCCUAACGUCAAGAGGCCCAGGAGAGUGGCUCAAAAGAAAACGGCCGUUGCCAAGGCCAGGAAAGGCAGCAAAGCACGGGAGUCUUCAGAGGAAAGUGACGGGGAAAAUAUCCCCAGCACGCCUGUGGUUCAGAGACCAAGCCGUCGGGCUAAGGCAGCUGCAGCAGACAAGACUAAGCAAGACUUGGCCACCCUCUUGGACCAAGAAGCCAAUGGGUCAUAGAUUCUGGCAUAGCUAUAUUGUCUGUGAGGUUUGACAACUUGGGUUUCAAUUUAUCUUUCUAAACUUCUUUCCCAUUUGUGGCCUUUCCUGAUCACACGUUUGGUUCAUACCCUAUUGGCAGAAUUGUCCUGUCACAUGAUCUUAGUGUUACAAUGCUUUUGGGGAGUAAGAAUGACCCUACUUUUAAGAACUAAUAAAAUGAUAAUAAAAGAA